GCAGCGCCACACCGGGGCUGAGGAGUGGGUGACGAGGAGCGAGAGAACCAGCACCAGGAAAAAAAAAAAAAAAAAAAAAAUACCAGGAGCGAGAAAAUGCACGGACGACAGCGGUCUAUUUGAGUGUCAGUACGACGUUCCGGGGGUUCGGUUUUGGCGGGGUCGGCUGGAGAACGUUCGCUCGGUGCAAUGAAGGUUCUGUGUCGGUUCGCGCUGCCGGGUUUUAGCCGCAAUUCCAGGGAUGGCUCGCUGAGCUAACCGAGCUAGCUAACGGUUAGCCUGCCCAUUUAGCUCUCCUGGCUUUCCGUCUGCGAAGGGAUACCUGCUCCGUGCGCUCCCCACUUUCACCCGGAUUGUCACGGGGCUUGCGGUUCGUCGAAGGACCGGAGACACGGAGGCUGACUAUCUGGAUGGACAGUCGGACCGGGGGGGCUCAUUGUCACUGCGCGGGCGUAACUUGCGGUGUCGGUUUCGGGGCGGCUAGGCUCGUACUCGGCCGAGGAAUCGUUCAAAUGUGGCCGUGGCAGCCAGCUGUGUCCCACCGUCUCUGGCACCCAAGUUGGUAGUUUGGUGUAAAUUUUUCACGAGGCCAAGCCAGGGAGGGAUUGAAUAGCGUCGUUGCACUCCCAAAUCAUCAACUUUCACGUUAGCUGGGUUAGCAACAUCUAGCUCAACAAGCUAUCCAAACUAAUAUCAGCUCCUCUGGGAAGUGCAGAUUGGUUAUUUUGCACCUUUUGUCGGUCGGCAUGUAAGAGGUUUGUGUUGCAUUGCAGAUGCUGUGUGAUCAUCUCCCCGUAGCCUGAAGAUUCACCUGAGACUUUGAGCUGUUAAACAUUUAACACUUCACAGCAGUUUUGCCCAUCAACCACCGAGGCCAGAUUCUGCGCCAGUUGUCUGCAUAGAAACUUGAGUGCACGUUUGUUCCACCUGAGGACUCCCGAGUGAAGGUGUAGCCCGGCGCCCCUUGUCAGACGGGCUUGUUCAGCUCAUGCGGUGAUGACUUUAGACUCCAUGAUGGCUUGUUGCCUGAGCGAGGAGGCGAAGGAGUCCAAACGAAUCAACGCUGAGAUCGAGAAGCAACUGCGGCGAGACAAGAGAGAUGCGAGGAGGGAGCUGAAGCUGCUUCUGCUGGGUACUGGAGAGAGUGGCAAGAGCACUUUCAUCAAGCAGAUGAGAAUAAUCCAUGGGUCAGGCUACACAGAUGAGGACAAGAAGGGCUUCACUAAACUCGUCUACCAGAACAUCUUCACCUCGAUGCAGGCCAUGAUCCGGGCCACGGAGACCCUCAAUAUCGGCUACAAGUACGAGCAGAACAAGAAUAAUGCCCAGGUGGUGCGCGAGGUGGACGUGGAGAAGGUUUCAUCAUUCGAUCAGCCGUACAUCGGAGCGAUAAAGAUGCUCUGGGCCGACCCCGGCAUCCAGGAGGCAUACGAUCGCAGGAGAGAGUACCAGCUCUCCGACUCAACCAAAUAUUACCUUAGCAGUUUAGAACGAAUAGCGUCUUCAGGGUACGUGCCCACCCAGCAGGAUGUGCUGCGGGUUCGAGUGCCCACCACCGGCAUCAUUGAGUACCCAUUUGACCUGGAGAAUAUUAUCUUCAGCUAUCUAAGUGAUCUGGAUCGUAUUGCUGAACCGUCCUAUCUACCAACCCAACAGGAUGUGCUUAGGGUUCGAAUCCCAACCACUGGGAUCAUAGAAUACCCUUUCGACUUGCAAAGCAUCAUUUUCAGGAUGGUGGAUGUAGGAGGUCAGAGGUCAGAGAGGAGGAAGUGGAUCCACUGCUUUGAGAACGUCACCUCCAUCAUGUUCUUGGUGGCGCUCAGCGAGUACGACCAGGUCCUGGUGGAGUCCGACAACGAGAACCGUAUGGAGGAGAGUAAAGCUCUGUUCAGGACCAUCAUCACAUAUCCCUGGUUCCAAAACUCCUCCGUCAUCCUGUUCCUCAACAAGAAGGACCUGCUGGAGGAGAAGAUCAUGUAUUCUCACCUGGUUGACUACUUUCCAGAGUUUGACGGCCCCCAGCGGGACGCCCAGGCAGGUCGGGAGUUCAUCUUGAAGAUGUUUGUGGACUUGAACCCAGACAGUGACAAGAUAAUCUACUCCCAUUUCACGUGCGCCACGGACACGGAGAACAUCCGCUUCGUCUUCGCCGCCGUCAAAGACACCAUCCUGCAGCUCAACCUCAAAGAGUACAACCUGGUGUGAAGGAGGAGGAGGAGGAAGAAGGAAGAGACGGGGAGGGAAAGCAAGCAAAGACACCUGCAGCCCACACACACACACACACACACACACACACACACACACACACACACACACACACACACACACACACACACACACACACACACACACGAUGCAGAGCGUAGAAAUCUGCAUGAAACACGAGCAUCGCUUCAUACUUUACCUGACCGACACUCUCCACCUUCUGCCACCUUCUGUCCGGUUUUUCUAACGAUCUGUUCCGUGGUUUUUAGUCAUCGCUCUCGUGCUCAAUCACACAUCCAGACACGACUCUCCCUCUGCUGGCCCUCCUCUUCUGCUUUCUUUACAUUGUCACUCGUGCUCGUGUGUUGGAGGCGUGUAGAGUUCCUUCUCUGGGUUAGACGAAGCUUUUACAGACAAAGGGCUCUCUCCCGUUCUUAUUUAACCCAUGCAUGCUUUACACUACAGCAUGAGGGCGAGAGGCCAGGCUGCAGACUCUGCUCUCUGCAAACGGCGACUAAUUACCACGAUGGAAACGAGUAAUCAGGCGAUGCUCGGGUGCAGUCAGUGAGGUACUUGUUCCCCUUCUUCUUGUUUUUUUUUUUUGUCAAUCCUGCCCCAAAUCGGAGCGUCGAGGCUCUGCUGAAUGUAAAUAAAGUUUCCAUGCUGCUCACGCUGAGUGAGGGCUACACGGAGACGUUCUGUCCGUAUUUUCAGCUACUUCUUUGGUUCUGUUAUUACUGCUAACGCUCGCCGAUUCACUCGUCUUCACACGCUGCCCCUCGUUUAUGAAGCUAAGAAAAUGUACAUCAGCUCCCCCAUUUGCCAAAUUAAACCCGCCCGUGUUUAUUCUGUAAAUACAGUUCUGUUGCCAGUAUCAUCCGUUACGUACGAAAACAUAUUCGGGAAUCGGUGUUGCCAAAAUUCGGUUUUCUCUCCUGCUGGUUCAUUCGGAUGUUGACGGCAUAGCGACUCGCUCUGUGUGGCGUUUCUUAAUGUCGAAUCACACACGUGACAGUACUGUGGUUGCUUGUUUUUUGUUUUGUUUCCUUCGAUGGUGAGAAUAAUUAGCUUUCCUGUGCACAACGUGUGAACGGCGACACCAGAUCAGUCCAGUGCAACAGUCAGUCGUAGAUGAAUUCAAGCUUUUGCGCUGCCGGUUAGCUUCAGUCACAAGUUGGUCACGAGAUCCUCCAAACGGCUUCUCCUCCGCCUUUUCUUUCUCAUUUCGGCCGACACAUAGCGCGAGAGUCAAAUAGCUCGGAUUUCUUUUUGUACGUCUAAUUUAUCAAUCAGAUCUGCGUGUUGUCGACGGUAAAGUGAGACUUCCUCCCUCGUUUCAGCUCAAAGUUUUUCCAACCUCGGAGAUGGGAGGAGAUUUUAUACUGCUGUAAGAUAUCAAAACUAUUUUAUGGACAAGUGUUCUAUCUUUCUAAUGAUCCUUCAUGUGUUUGGUUGUUGCAGUUCUGUUUUUGAAAAUGCUUGACAGUCGGGGAGGAAAAAAAAAAAAAGGUUUCCGUGUCGGGUUUGUGCUUCAUGCAAAUAGGAAAAAAUGACAAAAAGAUUUGGUUGCAGGAUGCUUGCUUCUUUUUUUUUUGCGUAACUUUUACGGAUAUGCGUUGGCUCUUGGCACCAAUCCCAUAUCGAUCGUGCGUCUUGCCUGAAUAGUUGUUUGAAUAUUCCAUUAAAAGCUGAGCGUUGGUAGAAAGUUGUCUGUUUUUUUUUUUUGUCUUCACAAUGUAAUUCAGGUAAGUUUUCAUAACUUUCUCAUCACAAGGGCUACUCCUAGCAGCUUUGGCAGAAGAUGAAAGGACUCUAUUGAUGGCACAGAGGCAAAAGGUGCAAUUAAUGAAUGAAUUAACGGGGUCUGGGGGGUGAAUUUGAGUGUUGACAUCCUGUUGAGGGUUGCAGGUUUCAGCGAUGUGUUUUUGGGGGGGUGCAGCAGUCCACAGAGGCCUGAAGUCCUGGCGGCUGUUUGGCUCUUUGUUCGCGAUCUUUUUGCCUUUAGAGGAGGAGAAUAGCUCAUUUUUAAAGAAGUGGGGUUUUCCUGAGGUGCAAUAGCUCAUCUUUAGUGUCCCAGCCGUCGCACCUUAACCGCCCUGUCGCUCCACUGUACGGACUCCGUGCUGAUCUUCUUCUUAUGUUUUUCACUUCGUGCUGAUGCAUAUUUUCCUCUACAUGAGUCCACUGUGUUGGGACAUUUUGACCUUCAUUUAAAGAUAAACCAUCAAAGAAAAUCACUGCACUCUUUCUCUGUAUCUGAAAUUGUUUGCCAAACGGUGUAAACGGCAAAUGUUCUGGUGAUUUCAGUUAUUUUCCGUAGUAAUACCUUACAGUCUGCUGUUUCAGUGGAAUCUACUCGCCGUGUAAAUCACUUGGCCUUGAUUUUACUCGCAGUUACCCCUCGAGAGUCAUUUUCACACGCGUUCAGAGACAUUUAAUGAAGGACGGACGUAUUUUAAUGCAAAGUGCCACAUUUUUUUAGGAGUUGAAAUGACGUUGAAGAGCUCUGACUUGGAGAAGUUGAUCUGCUUUUGGCUGCGAUCCUGUUUUUUCCCAACGUUUAUUCGUGAAGGGUUCAUCUUUUGGUGCUUCAGCCGACGUUUAAAGGCCUUGUUUUUCUCCACUGCGAUGCUUUUCACACUCACUAAUUCUGUGGAUUUCGACAUGUGGAUGAAUGCACUAAUUGACCGCUCGGAUAUCACGGUGAUCUUUUCCCUCAUCUGUAACUGACUUCAUGCUCGUGUGGAUGAGUUCUAAAACGAAGGCGGCCUGGCGUCAGAAUGGCGGCGUAGACUUUAGAAAUUUGUUGCAUCGGUCGAUUUUUGCGCCGCCUCUCGUCAAAGCCGACAGAAAGUCACGUGGCUGCCCUUCCAGACGGUCAGUCACCUACAGUCCUUUAUCCCAACGACUUCUAGAGAAAGUUUGUACGACAAUCCAGUACAGAACGCUGUGCCAAGCAGAAUCAAUCAGAAACGACGAUAAAAAUUGGCAAAAUUAAUUCACACAUCACGGUUUUCCAGAUGAAGCUUGCGCGUUAAGCCUCAGUGUUUAACGUCUUUAUGGAAACACUUGCCAAGUGAAGGUACUGAAAUCUUAUUCUGGUGGCGAGUGAAUGAGUGAAUUCGCCUUGUGUUCUUCUGCUCUCCCUCUUCUUUUUUCCCCUGCUUCAUUUGAUCGGACUUUGUGUUCUUUCCCCGGGUCGAAGGCACUGAAACUGCAGCACUGCGAUGGGGCCUGCGUUCAUGCAACUUUAGACGUCCGUUCAAGCGUCGGUACUCUGAGGUGUGUGUGUGUGUGCGUGCACUUUUGACGGUUUUUCGCUUAAGCUUGAGAUCCAUUCUGGUUCGACGGAUGGACAAAACAGUGAUAUUAAAAGCUAUCUUUGCAUCUUGUUUUCUUUUGUAAAGGUUGACACACCUUAACACGUGUAUUUAGGACCACUUAAGAUGACAGAUUUUCUUUUCUUUUUUUUUAAAGAGUUGAAAUAAACUUUGUGUAGUGGUGUACAAAUUGAAAGUAAUGUAUUUUUGUUUGAUUUUCUUCUUCUUCUUCUUUUUUUUUUUUUAAGUAUACCAAAUGUAAAUUCUGUACAAUGAGUGUGCCAAUCCCCUUUCUUUGUAAAGCCAGACUCUUUAACAAGUGCCAAUGUUGUGAAAAAUCAAGAGGGCCUGUGAAUUUCAUGGUCCAGUUUUUAAAAACGAAAACACUAAGUAUGUGAUUAAUUAACAAGAAAAAAAAAGGACAAUUUUAUUCUAUAUUUAAGAUUAAUGAUGAACUGCUGUUUUUAAGAUAAAUGUCAUUUUAAUUGCAUGUGUUUGUCGGGUGGGGGAGGGAGUGGGUGGGUGAGAUACUCUAUUCAUGCAACGCCCUGGAGAAAAGGGUCCUAAUGGUUAUUGAUUUACAGUAUUUUAGCCAUAUUUCUCUUUUUGUAUGUUUCAUUUCAACCACUGUUGCCUGAACCUCAUUCAAACAUGAAAAUGAUUUUUACAUAGCCUUCUCCUUUAAAUGUUUUAAAUUGGAAUAAAAUAUGUUCCUAUACUCUC